GUUAUUCGGCAUUCACGCGUCGUUUGUACCAGAUACUAUGCAGUUUUAUUGGUGGUUUUCAUUCGAAAUCACGUUGUUUUCAUUGAAGAAUUAAUUUUCGACGGUCAAAGUUCGCGCCAGGUUGGAUCGUCUUAUGGGCUCCAAUUUGGUCCGCGUGACGGACAGGAAUUAUAUGCAAAAGCUGCAAGUCAGGAUUAAGGAUGACUACGUUUUGCGACAGGACAGACGAAUUAAGGAACGGGAGGCUCGUGAAAGGGAUCGUGAAAAGGCACUAUUACUGGCUGGACAUAUGCCAAUGAGUGAGUGUCCUCCAGAAUUGGCAAACCACCCGGUUUUUAUAAUUAACAGAGAAACAGAGAAAAUUAUUGCUGAAAGACGAGCAAAGAUGCAAACUCCUGCAUCGAAAGCAUUGAAAUAUCUCAAGGAGUUAGCUGCAACAAUUGGAACUUCUGAAGAAAUAAUGAGAGCUGCAGAAAAGAGCGAAUUGCAAGAAGCUACUGGUGGAUCGGAUCAGGACAGCAGCAUUGUGGGAGUUGAUGUUGAAGAGGAUGAUGAAUCCGAUCCAUAUAGACUGACCGAUGAAGAAUUUGACCGAUUAUGGUACGAAGAUCCAAGAGUUAAGAAAUUACGAACACUCGAGACUGUUGAAGAACUGUACGAAUUAGCUGACCAAAUCGUCGGAGAGAUUCCUCCUCAACAACAAGCAAAUAAAACAUGAGAAUUUAUCACAAUUGAUAACGAUGGAAAACAGAAUCAAUAAAAAUUGUAACUUCACCAAAAAAAUGCUCCA